AUGCCUCGUCAGCCGGUGGUGGGGCUCCCUGUUCCUUGGGAAGUGCUUUGCGUAGAGGUACUCGUUGACACUGUUUGUGAAGCAGUGCUUCUGGACCCUACAGAUGAGACCGUACUUGAUGAGGAUGAUGACGAUGCUGACGAGCCAGUCGAGCUCGUUUCACUGGUUGUAUUUCCCGUCGGUCCUGUGGAUGAAGGAUGGUCCGCUGAGUUAGAAGAUGUGCCGCUUGGUCCCGACGAUGAGUUUGUACUUGAUGACAAUAAAGACGACGAUGAGCCAGUCGUGCUCAUUCCAUUGCCUGUGGUUCCUGUGGAUGAAGGGUGGCUCGCAGAGCUAGAGGAUGUGCCGUUGGACCCUCCGGAUGACAUUGUACUUGACAAUGACAACGACGACGUUGAUGAGCCAGUCGAGCUCAUUUCACUGUUUGCGGUUGCGCUGGUGGACACGUUCGAUGAGGUUAUACUUGAUGACGAUGAUGAUGGUGACGAUGACGACGACGACGACGACGACGACGGGCUAGUGGUUUUGGUUCCAUUGCCUGUGGUUCCCGUGGAUCCCGUGGAUGAAGGCUGGCCCGCCGAGGUAGAGGACGUACUGCUGCUGUCCUCGCUAGUAUAUGAGGUGGUCAAACUGCUACUUCUCAUUGUGCUUGUCGACGUGGCGCUGGAUCCCGAGGCUGUAGUUACUGUACUUGUUAUAGUGCUGCUUGCCCUGGUACUGCUUGUCAUGGUACUGCUUAUCACGGUGCUUGUAGAUGCGAUACUUGAUCCAGAGGUCGUAGGCAGCGUGCUAGUCAUCCCACUGUUCGAACCUUGGUAUGUUGUUCCGGAAGAGCUUCCUGAUGAGGUCUCAUCUUUGCUACUCGAUUUUGCCACGGUGUUCUGGGACUGUGUUUGGAUCUGCGACGACGGCUCCGCUGCACUGGACUGUCGGCUGGUGCCCGCAGAGGAGAAGCUUGAGCUUGAAGUGGCUCCAGAGGAGUGCGUCAAGCCGCUUGUACUGCUGGUUGGGGUGUAG